GAUGCCGCCGUAAGCUUUCUUUUCGCCGCCGGGAGCUGACCCUGAACUCUUGAGGCUACAAGUGACGGAGGAUGUUCUGAGAGGAAUGUGCGCUGAUGGAUUCAACCAAAUCGAGUUCAACAGGAAAUCAAAGCGUUGAAUUUUCAAAUGAAUGGCAAGAAUUUCCAUGCAAGAGCUCGUUCGAUUCAGACCCACCAUUCGCAAUCGCCAUCUCGAGAUAGUUCAGUCCAAUCCCACUCUCUUUCAUUCGCGUUCCUCUUCCCCUUCUUGUUAUUCUGGAGAAAAUAGAACAUUCUCUAUUUAUCACUCAAGCCUCAAACUUCUUAGAGGAUCUACAUGUCAGAGUAUAAAGCAGCUUUUACAAAUCCAAGCUCACUUGCUGACUUCUGGUAUAUUUUAUAACCCGUAUUGGAGCAGCAGGGUCUUGCAACAUUCUUUGUAUUUCGGCGAUUUCGAUUACACAGUCUUGAUUUUUGGAUGUAUUGAUUCGCCCAAUACGUUCUGCGUGAACACUCUUAUUGAGGGAUACUUGAGUAGUUCUAAUCCAAGGCAAGCUGUGGGGUUCUAUUUCGAGAUGCUUAAGAAUGGGUUCUCUCCAAAUAGCUUCACGUUUGUGCCGCUGUUUGGGUGUUGUUCGAAGGCCGAGUGUGUUGAAUCAGGACAAAAGUUACAUGGGCAGGCCGUGAAGACUUGUGUCGAUUGGAUGUUACCCGUACAGAACUCUUUAAUUCACAUGUAUGGCAACUGUGGAGCUACGGCGUAUGCAAGGAAGGUAUUUGAUUUAAUGUCCCAAAAGGAUUUGGUGUCAUGGAAUUCCAUUAUUGAUGGGUAUGCUAGAGUAGGAAACUUGAAUGUUGCUCAUAAGUUGUUUGAUCUAAUGCCUGAAAGAAAUGUAGUUUCUUGGAAUGCCAUUAUUAAUGGAUACUUGAAUGGUGGAAAACCUGGGGUAUCUUUGAAACUUUAUAGGAAAAUGGUCGAGAUAGGAUUGAGAACGAAUGAUACUACCAUGGUCUGUGUGCUUACUGCCUGUGGUAGGUCAGCUAGACUAAAGGAAGGGAGAUCACUUCAUGGAUUUCUAUUCAAAACAUUUUUGAAACUCAGCAUAAUGAUUUAUACAGCUUUGAUAGAUAUGUAUAGCAGGUGCCAGAAGGUGGAAACUGCUCGCAGAGUAUUUAAUUUAACGAUUGAUAGAAAUCUGGUCUGUUGGAAUGCCAUAAUCUUGGGUCACUGCAUUCAUGGGAGUCCAGAAGAUGGGCUUAAAUUAUAUGCAGAAAUGGUGGACCAAAUUGGGUUAGGAGAUGGAGAGACAAAUCCUCCUGAUGGAAUUACUUUUAUUGGCAUCCUUUGUGCCUGUGCUCGUACGGGAAAGUUAACAGAUGGAAGAAAGUACUACAGUGAGAUGGUUUCUGUGUAUAACAUAAAGCCCAAUUUCGCACAUUAUUGGUGCAUGGCUAAUGUUCAUGUCAGUGCCGGCCUUGUUCAGGAGGCAGAGGAAAUGUUAAGGAACAUGCCGGAAGAUGUCGAGGAUCUGUCCUCCGAAUCCAUGGUUUGGGCUAACUUACUCGCUUCUUGUCGAUUUCAAGGGGAUGUUGAACUUGGGGAAAGAAUUGCAAAAGCUCUGAUAGACAGGGAACCAUGGAAUUUUGCAUACUAUCGGUUGCUCUUAAAUAUAUAUGCUGUAGCAGGUCGAUGGGGGGAUGUUGCUGCUGUAAAAGAUAUAAUGAAGGAAAGAAGAAUCGGAAGAAUUCCUGGAAGCAGGCUUGUGGACCUAAAACAAAUUGUUCAUGGAUUAAAAGUGAAGCGUAGUUUGCAAGAAGAGAUUCUAGCGGUAACAUGAUGCGGCCUGAUACUGCUCAGAGGUGAAGAAUUUCCCCACAGUAUCAAAGCAGCCACCAUUGCACAAUUCAGAGCACAGAAUUGAACAUUGAAUCCAAUAUGGGUGGACAUUCCUGAUGUGAUACCAGAGGUGCGAUCGCUCUAUUGCCUUGCUUCGUUUCUAUCUUGGAAGGUAAUCGCGCCAUUAAUACCUUUUUAGGAGUUCAGGAUUUCUGAUUUGCUCAAGAAGGAAGUCUAGCUCUGUGCCUUCACUCAACUUUUUGAAUGAAUUCCUGAAUUGGAUCAUUAAAGCUUUAAAACAAGGGGAUGCAAUAUGUAGGCAUAAUUGAUAUGAUGGGAGGGAGACUCCCAUGAAGAUGGUUGUUGCUCGCUUUUUAAAGUUACAUACUAGUUUCUUUGAUGUAAUAGGGCAAUUGACAUCUUCUCUCAGUGAUGUUCGUUCGUUUAUUUGCUUUGCAUACUGUCUUAUAGACUUCCUUGGAUGAUUGAGAGUAGUGUGUCCUUUGGAAUGAUGGAAGUUUUUCAUGCUGCUAUAACAGUAGAACAGACUAUGUAGUAUUGUCAGUAUAGGGGAAUCACUCUCGAUCUCAGAUUUUCAG